CUUUUUUUUUCUGCGUCGGCAAUAAUGAAGUUGAAGUUCUGCAAUCACUGAAAAAGAAAAUGGUUGACGGUUGACUGAUAAAAACAUGAAAGAAUGACCGAAGACAGUAACAAAAAUGGAUAGAACAUAGAAGUGCGUGAGGUUGAAGCAAAAGAGUUGUGUUGUGUUUGAAUAGGUUUAGGAAAGGGUUUUGCGGUGGUUACUGUCAAUGGCGACGGCGGGGUUGUAUCGACGCCUUCUUCCUUGUCCCCCCGCCGUCGAAUUUGCUUCUUCACAAGGCAAGAAACUAUUUCUUGAAUCCAUUCAGAAUGGAACCAUGGAAGGCUUCUACAAGUUGGUUUCCUAUUUCCAAACGCAAUCCGAGCCCGCCUUUUGCGGCCUCGCCAGCUUGUCCAUGGUCCUCAAUGCUCUUGCCAUUGAUCCUGGCAGAAAAUGGAAAGGUUCUUGGAGAUGGUUUGAUGAAUCUAUGUUGGACUGUUGUGAGCCUCUAGAAACGGUCAAGGCUAGAGGCAUCACGUUUGGGAAGCUUGUGUGUUUAGCUCAUUGUGCCGGAGCAAAAGUUGAAGCCUUUCAUGCUAGCCAUAGCAGCAUCGAUGAUUUUCGUAAAUAUGUUAUCAAGUGUUCGAUGUCCGAUGACUGUUACGUAAUCUCAUCGUACCACAGAGCUGCCCUCAAACAAACGGGAAUUGGUCACUUUUCUCCUAUCGGAGGGUAUCAUGUUCGAAGGGACAUGGCACUUAUUUUGGACGUUGCACGAUUUAAGUAUCCUCCUCAUUGGAUCCCACUUAAACUUCUUUGGGAAGGCAUGAAUUAUGUAGAUGAGGAUACUGGACAAUCUAGGGGGUUCAUGCUUGUAUCAAGGCCUCACAGGGAACCUGGAUUGCUUUACACUCUGAGCUGCAAACAUGAGAGUUGGAUUAAUAUUGCAAAAUUCCUAAUGGACGAUGCUCCUCUUCUGUUAAAAUCAGAGGAUGCGAAAGACAUCCAUCAGGUUAUUUCAAUUAUAGUCGCAUCACUGCCAUCUAAUUUUGAAGAAUUCAUCAAGUGGAUUUCAGAGAUCAGGAGGCGAGAGGAUGGUGGUCCAAGUUUAAGCGCAGAGGAGAAAGCAAGGCUUGCUAUCAAGGAAGAGGUAUUGAAACAGGUGCAGGAGACUGGGCUUUUCAAACAUGUAGCUUCCUUUUUGGCAAGUUCUUGCAGCAGACAAGCAUCAGGUGAUGGAGACACAUUACCUUUCAUUGCUGCAAGUGUUUGUUGCCAAGGAGCAGAAAUUUUAGGGGGGAAACCUAGCUCAUCAGGGUAUUGCUGUCGAGAGACAUGUAUGAAAUGCUGGAAAGCCGAAGAUGACAAGCCAAUAACAAUGGUUUCGGGGACUGUGGUAAAUGGUAACACUGAGCAAGGGGUUGAUGUGUUGAUUCCUUCAUCAUCUGGGAAAUUAUGUUGCAUUUGCUCUAAAAGUAAGUACAUAAGGGUGCACCCAGCUAGCACUGAUGUGCUAACAGUGCUUCUGCUGUCCUUACCAUCUACAACAUGGGCUGGCAUCACAGAUGAGCAGCUUUUGACAGAAAUACACGGUCUGGUUUCAAUUGAAAAUCUUCCUACUUUGCUUCAGGAAGAGGUUUUGCACUUGAGACAUCAGCUACACCUUCUCAAGAGAUGUCAAGAGGGUAAGGUAGACGAGGAUCUUGGUGCUCCUCUCUCUUGACUGUUAAAUUUAUAUCCCACACCAUUUUUUUAAUUCGUUCAAUUAGCUUCAUGGCACGUCGAGUAGUGUAGAAUCACUUAAAUUUUCUUUUACCGCAUAUUGACAACUGAAGAUUUUCUUUUCUACCAGUGAUUCAGUAUCUCAUUACCUAAUUACAUUUUUUUUUCCUAGUUUAUGCUAAUUCACUCUUGGUGAUGGUGUGAACUUGCCUA